CCCCUCCUUGCCAUUUCCGGCACUGCCGUUCUCAUUCUUUUCAGUUAUGUGGCGGUUAAGGCGUCGACGAAAGGAAGUCGACCUGAGACUGAAGUUUCAGGAGCGAGAUAACUUGGUGGGGGAAGAGGAGUUUGAUGUGCACCCUUCCAAGCCAUGGAUUGCUUCUGUCUCUGCUGGAAAACCUCCAACCCUCCGAGUGUGGAAUUACGAAGAUGGACAUCAGGUGGAGGUCACGGUCAAGAAUGCCACCAACACGUACGGAGCGAAGUUCCUCGGUGAGACAGAUAAAGUUGUGGUCCGUGGUAAACGGGAUAUGUAUGUUUAUGAGAUCUUGCCAUCUUCCGCCGGACAGAUGAAGGAAAUAAAACGAGUCAAUUGGUUCGGAACUUACGGGGAUGUGAGCAAAUGGGCUGUACAUUCGUCUGCCCAAUCUGUAUUGUACAGUAGGACAGGAUUUGGCGAUUCUAUUAACUUUCGGGACUUAACCACAGGUUUUGAUUUUAGCGACUGCCAUACUCAAAACGAAGUGACCAUGAUGUGCUUCCACCCUUUUGAAUCACACAUUUUUGCGACCGUGCAUAAGAACUGGACAAUCAACGUGUGGAAUGCUGAUACUGAGACCCACGAGACCGUCACUCUCCAAACAUUGGAAGCAGAAGGCGAAGUUACUUCUGUGCGAUUCUGCACAAAACCGGGAAAGUCACUUAUCAUCACGGGCCAUCAAUCUGGAAAGCUACAGGUUUGGGAUUAUCAGAGGAAUGAAUGCAUCACCACGCUUGAUGCACAUGAACAGGCCGUUGUGCAAGCUUUCUUCCAUCCACAUUUGCCCUGCAUUUUGAGCGCAUCCGAGGACGGAACCAUCAAGGCCUGGAAUGAUUCAAAUUAUCAGCUAAUAAAAACACUUUGGAGCGGCCUUGAGGGAUUAUCGCACAGCGUUCUCUGUAGGACCGACAGCUUGCUCGUGCUUCCAUGUAAACAAAAAAUGUGUUUCAUUACCGCAGAAGGUGUUUCGCCCGAGCCCGACUUUGAGGGGAGAGGGAAAAUGGAGGUGGGACAUGUGACUGCAGAAGGUGACAAAAGAUCCCAGUUUGAGAAAACAGACGUACAAAGGAUUAAUAAGCAAUUGGAGAUGGAGCUGAGUUCUGUGAGGGGGGAGAAAAAGGCCCUCGAAGAGGGAUUUGAGAGUGAGAGGCAAACACAUGCACACACCAUAAAGGAGUUUGAGACUGAGCUAAGCAAUGUAAAAUCGGAGAGGCAGGCAUUAAGAGAGACAUUCGAGAGAUUGAAAUUGCAGCACGAGGGGGAGAAAAGCAUGCACUCACAGAGGGUGAAGCAGCUGGAGAAUGAAAUCAGCAACCUCUUGGUCGAAAGGAUGGCACUCAAAGAGGGAUUAAAAAAAUCAAAGGCCGAGGUUAAGGAUUUGGAAUGCAGCUUGGAGAUGGAAAGGGCUGCUGUGGAGGGAUUGAAAACUGUGAGGGCGGAGAAGAAGUCUCUUGAAGAGGGAUUUGAGAAAGAGAGGCGAGCGUGUGCACAAAUGGUAAAGGAGCUUGAGACUCAGCUUAGCCAUGUAAGGGUGGAGAGGGAGGCGUUAGGAGAGAGGUUUGAGAGAUCCCAAUUGGAGCAUGAAAGGUUAAAAGGUAUGCACUCAGAAAGUGUGAACACUGUGAACCAGUUAGAGAAGAAACAAAGGAAUCUGGUGAUUGAAAGAGACGCUCUGAAAGAGAGGUUGGGGAAAUCGAACAUCAGGGUUCAAGAAUUGGAGUGCAAGUUGGAGAUGGUAGGAUGUGCAAGUGAGAGAUCGGAAAGGGCUGACAGAGUGCCUGAGGGGGUCCCGAAACUGGACAUCCAUCCAAUGGCAUUCAGAGAGUUUUCCCUGGAUGAGCUGAGGACCGCCACGAAYGACUUCCAUGAUAACUGCAAGCUUGAAGAGCAACGCGAUGGAURCAUUUACAUCGGCAAGCUCACAUCUGCUGUGAUAAAGAGAMUCAAGUAUAUCAACCUCAGGSCAGAGAAUCRGCCAGCCCAAGUGACGAGGAAGCUUGGGGACCGGUUGAAGUCUCUUCGACACCCCCACCUGCAUAUGUUGCUCGGAGURUGCUAUGAAGGAAAUUGYCUCGUGUACGAGCAUAUGACCAAUGGAAAUGUGAAAGACUGGAUGUCGUCCUCAAGAGGGUCACAAAAGGGUUUCCUCCCAUGGUACAUCCGUUUGCGGAUUAUGGCUCAAGUUGCCCAAGGUUUGUCCUUCCUUCAUUCCCACCAGUCUCUGAGGGGUGGUCCCAUCGUCCACCGCGCCAUCAAGCCUGAAAACAUCUUCCUGGAUGGUAACUUUGUUGCCAAAAUCACAGCAGUAGAUACCGCCCUGCUGGCCCCAACACUUGCAGAGGAUGGUGAAGCACCUAAUCUGGCUCAGUGCCCAGCAAGCGAUGUAAAGUACAUGGCCCCAGAAUUGAUUCAAACUGAGGUUUUCACUCAGCAGAGUGACAUUUACGCAUUUGGAAUCACCCUCCUGGAGAUGCUCAGUGGGAAGUUUAGGAAUGCAUUGGGAGUCAUGGAAGACGCCGUGGAAGAUGCCGCGACCUUUGAAAGUGUGCUCGACCCAAACGCAGGAAGCUGGGACAUCGAUCUGGCCUUGGCAGCAGCUCGGGUGGGGCUCAGAUGUGCAAGUUUGAACAGAAGCCACAGACCGAGCAUGACGACACGUGAAGAUGCCAUUCUGCCUGCGCUGGAGGCUAUUGCUCAGACAAAUUGCGCGUGGGGAAGCGAGUUCGACUCGUGGAGAAUAGGAUGGAGGGAAGGCGGGGAUGGGGAUUGGGAGAAGGGGGAAACGGAAGGGGCGCGCCGGAGCGGGGGAUCAAGGGAGAGGGGAGGCGCAACGGGAAAGAAGGUGGUGCAAGCGGGCAGAGGGAAGAGUUGUGUGUCGCUAGGAGGGCAUGAUCGGGGACCGAGUGCAGGGCCGACACAAAGGGAGGGGAUGAGCUGUAGCGCACCUGUGACGGGGGAGGGAAGCGCGCGCAAUCGCACAGGGUGGAGGACAGGAAAGCGGGGUGAGGAGACGAGAUCGGGGGGAGGCACGAUCGGCUCGGAUCGAGAAAAAGGCGGGGUGGCAAUCGAGGGGGGGCCAGCGCCAGGAGACAGUAUGUCUUCUUCCAAGGGCGAGGUGGAGCCAACAGGGACCUCCGGGAAGGAAUCACGAAAAGAUUCCACGAGGCGGUCGUCUACUGCCACGCAAGGGUGGUCGAACCAUUCGAGGUCGAAAUGGUUCAUCAACUGGUGCUGUGGAGACGCUUCCAACCCCACUGCGCAGCCAUGUGGUCCUGUCAUCUUCAUCGAUGACAGCAGAAGGCGUAGAGUGCUUGGUGCCGUCUUGUGGUGGGAGGACGCAAAGGGGGGCUGGCGACAUUUCUAUAUGCAGAAAGUUUAUGGCGCCAAGGGCAACGUCGUUGCCAAUUCGAAAGGGACGUUGUUGCACCUCGAAUUGUGUGAGGGGUUCGGAGCGGGUGCUGUGAACACCCCGUUCUACAGAGAACUCGUUCUCGGUAGCGGUUUUGUUUUGGCGCGUGAAUUUUUCGACAUGUUGGAGGACAAAAACAUCGCUCUAGACGUCCCCUGCGACGUCAACUCAUCCCUGGAGCUGUCGUUGCCGUUGAAGCUGUGCAGCGGUUGCGAGUCAAGCGGGGCAGGGGCGGAGGGCGGUGAUCUAGGUUCUGGUCCCGCCACUCAGCUGCACCGUGGCGAGAGCCGAGGUCAGUUCGACGACAGUGAGGAUGAGGGGACUGCUCCGCCGUUGAGUGACACGCGGCGGUCUGUGUUGUCUAUUCCUUGGGUUCAGACUGAUGCUCCAGUUCAGCGUAAGAGUACGGGGCCUGCAGUACAGGUGGCGGCCUAUUCAGGGGUCGACUUGGAGGCGAGCGAGGGACAGGGUGUGGAGGAGGUGGACGCGGGAGGCCUGGGCUCGCAAGGAGCUCCGCAAAAGAGGAGGGGGGAUUGUCCAGACGAGUUCGCCAGUUCUACAAAGAAGUUAAAGAGCAAGGCCCCCAGGACUGCGGGGGAGAAACACAAGGGGACCGACGGGGAGCAGGGUCGGCAGGCUGCCAAACGACCGUCUUCGAUACAGAAGCAGCCUGAGUCUGGACCGUCUUCUCCACUGACAACAGGGACUCCCAUCGACGUCGACGCCGGGUAUUUCCUCGAGUACAAAGACGGCGUUCGGACAAAGCGGGAGUUCGACAUUAGCCCUGCGCAGGUCGUCGACCUCGGGGACUGGGAGGACCUGUACAACCAGCGGUCCCUGGAUCCCGUGCUCGUGGAAGGGAUCAAAGAAGCGAUGCGGUUGGCGUUCGAAAACAAAGCGCAGUCUUACGAUUUACCAACCCUGAAACUUGCGCCGCUGGGGCUUGAUAAACCGACUCUGGGGACCAGGGCAGAACGUCUGAGACCGAAGGAUUGGAGGGAUGAGCUGGCGGGACAAUACUACUACUACGCUGUGUGUGGGCAGCACAACGCGGCUGCAGCGAGGUCGCUGCUGGGCACCGAGGUGGCCAGGAAAUACAAUUCCGAGCGGUGGCCUGCACGAAUGGUCUACUUUUCGGACGACGACUUCGAAGGGUACUUCCUUAUCAGUUCCCAGGACAACAAGAAGGACCUGAAGGCGCCCCCACGACAGCUUCAGCUGUCAAUGAGGGACAUUAGGUGGCAGUGGAAGCGCGCCGGUUGCCCGCGUGCUGUUAUGGGGAACCCCAUCGGAAAACAAGAUCAGAUUCUCGCAGAUCAGCAGGGCGAGGAGGCCAUCAGGAAACAAGGCGCUGCCCUGCGUUCCUAUUUCCCGCUGGCGAUGGCAGGGGAGAAUGUCUGGAAACUGGUCGUCGAGUUUUUCGAGAAAUGGGAGACAGGCAGAUUGCUCGGACACGAUGGCGCAAAGUGGAUCAUGCGGAAGAAGAAAGUAAAAAAUGUGAAGCCUGGGGUUGCAUACAUCCAUAAUGACAAGCUGGGCAGGAAGGAAGUCGUGUACAACGUCCCUGUGGAACCGCCGUCAAAGAAAGGUAAGAAGGAGAAAGAGGAGGGCGAGUGGUUCGUGCAAGUGCCAAAGUCGGACGUGCAUUGUUGGAAAACGAUGGAGUCGCUGACAGACAACGAGAAGUGCCGCGUCCUGAAAAAGGUGCUCGCUUGCGAGGUGGUUUGGGUACAGGCCGGCUCCCCAGCGUUGGCGAAGCUCGGAAAGCUGAGCGUCCAGGAGGUGGUGAAUUUGGUGAAGUGCGACCGGGUGCUGGUGCGUCUGUGGAACUACUACCAGUUCAAGCACGACAAAAGGCCAGACGCGGAUUGGAGCCAGAGGUUCCCGUUCCUGAAAUCAAGGUCCGCAAUUUUCAGACAGUUUGAGAGUCGUGGUUUGGAUGCUGAGUUGUGGGACGGGAGCACGAAAUACGUCACUGGCUCCUCGCUGUUCAAGGACUGCCCGCCCUACAUGGGCUGCGACGACGACAGAUCGAUCGAGGCGACGGAGAAGCUGGCCGGUCACAAGAAGCUGGUCGUCGACAGGAGGAAUAAGGUCCUGUCCGUGUUGACUGGCGGUAGACUGAAGAGUCCAGAGAUCGCGCUCGCUGAAGGCAUUGUGCACAUAAAAUGGAAUGACACGGGCAACGUGACAUCCAUCGCGCCAUUCGGCAACGACCCCUUGGAGGCAGACAUAAGGAGUGCGGAGGUGAAGGAGGCAGUGGUUGCCACAAAGAGUCACACGUUCGUCCUCGAUCUGUGCGAACCGGUGGACCUAAAGCUUUGGAAACCGCAAGCGUUCGACACUCUGAAUUCCCAACUCCAGACGUGGUGUCCGUCGCAUUGGACGCUCGUUGUUUUUGUCCCGCGGCAGCAGAACCUCUCCUUUCUGGCCAGCAUGAACCAUCUUUCUUUCGUCAAGCUGCUGGAAGGGAAGUGGGUGAGGAGGAGUCAACAGAAGAAAAGCUUCCCCAUCGGGAACAAUUUGUACACGGAAGACGACCGGAUGUACAUACUCUUCAAAGGCGACGAUUUGCGGGCCAACACGUUCGUCGUCUACGAGGGGAAACUGCCGGCAGGCGCCGCUGCUGCAGUGCAGGUACCACAGAAGGUUACGCAAACGGAUGUGUCCGACAUCCCAUUCAACGCUUGCGACUGGUCGCAUACCUCGCCUGCACGUCGGGGCAUUGUGUACGGGGACAUGGAACGCAACCCCGCCCAAUUCGUUCAGCUUCUCGAAUCCAUCACCAAGAAGGGGGAGGGUGUCGUCUUCCUCGGGAAGCCACACGCGCAAGAGGUCAAUUCGGGUGCCCACAAUUGCGAGUUCAUGGUCGUCACCGAGACUCGGGCUCGCGCGUGGAACAACAAGACGGACAUGUGGUUCAAGUUGAGUGCGAGGAAGCGGAAAAAGAUAUACGACUUCUUGUUCCUGCAAACGCGGCCGAAGAGAGACACCGACGUCGAGUACGUGCGCCGCAAGGACCACAUGUUCACAUUGCUCGACAAGUACCACGGCGCCUCCCGCAUGAACGCGAAUACCUUCCUCGAGAGGUUGCAGUCCCUUUACUUCGUGGAGUCAGAGGAGGAGCUGACGUUCGGCAGUUACUCCUCCUUAAUCUCCACGGAAGACGAGGAGACCACCGGCAUCGAGUUCAACGCGACCGCGGACGAGAAGGGCAGAGACACCGAAAGCCUCGACCUGCAGUACGACCAAUAUUCCGCGCAGCACGGUACAGGGUCGUCCUUGGCAGGAGUCAUCCUGCCGGCGAUCCAAAAGGGUGAGUGGAUCGUGGCGGUCGCUGUCCCGGACGGAGGAUGGAUGCCACUCCCUUGCGGGUCGAAGUCUGACUUCCUCGACGUCGCUAGAAUUGCGGUCCUCCAGAAAGUGAGGGCCGAGAAUCGCUCUUUCGAGCCCGAAGACGUGUUCGUCAUUUCCACAGCCGGGCGAUUGUUCGCCGAACUUCAGGACAAGUGCUGGUUGGAGCUGACGGAGGACUACUACGACCUCGACACGAGCCCCUCGAAAGGAAGGGUGGACUGGAAAAUCCCCCCUCCCAGUGGGACACAUGUAAGAACAGGGUCCCGGGGACCGGAAGGUGGGGAGAACGAGGGCGACGAGGAUGGGGGCGGCAAACGAGUCCCGGGGCGACAACAAGACGACGACGAGGCUGAGGGCGGGUCUCAGGGCGACAGCGGAAGGCAGCGGCGGGGUGGCGGGGGAGGCCCUCGGGCGUCAACAGUCUACCGGUCCCGGUCCGGAAUGCUCGGCACAGUCGGAGGACGUGCCCAGUUCAUCCGCCUGCUCGAUGAUGGCGGCCUUGGUUGCUCUCCGUGCUGGCUCGGUCGAAACGUUCGAGUCCGCCGGGAUCCAAACUUCAAUGCUUGCAGAGCGGACAGAGAGGACGGACGCGCAGAGCUGGUCAGGAGCGGGGGUGGCGAGUCCUCAUCCCAAAAUAGACAGCGGUGCGGUGAGGGACGGGACUUCGCCGCCUGCGGGGGAUCGCCAACCGCUUCGGUCGGAGCAAGAGGGGAGUCGGCGAAGUUCGCCGGGAUCCGAACAUCUUCAGGCAAGGGGGGCCAACCAGGGAUAUUGGUGCAGGCGGGAGGGGCUGCGUGCGGCAGGCGCGAAGCGCAUUCAUCGGGAAUCGACACGGGUUCGGGCGAAGUGGCGGCAUUGCAUGCAGGGGAAGAAGGCAGGGUGAUGGACAAAAAGAAGGAAGUGGAGGAAGGAGACACAGGGGAGGAAUUGGAGGAAGGAAGGGAUGAAGGAGAGGAAGGGGAAGAAACGGAGUUGGCUGGGUUGCUAGGAGGGCAGGAGGGGGAAAAAGGUGAACUCGAUACAGGAGACGACGAACGGACUUUUGGCGGCGACGAUGACAGAUCUGGGGAGUCUUCUAACGGAUUCGGGCAGCUGUACGGAGAACACCGCGAGGAAGACGAGGACGACGAUGACACGGCACUGUGUAUGGAGACACAGGUGGUCACAAGCCUUUCGGCAGAACGUGAUGACUAUGACGUCCAAACAAUGACGUCUGCCGUCGAUCUCCAACACCGGUUCAACGAAGCUCGUGUACCAAUCAACCUGACUAAACCGAGUGUGCGUAUUGACAUCGAAGAAGUUAUCGACGGCAUCCUGGGCGACCACCACAUGUCCGCGCAGCCGUCCUCGACGCCUGGUGUCGACGACCCUCUCGACGUCAAACCUUCCGGGGGAUCUGUCGUCCAUUUCUCGCCGACGAGCUCUCCGAUGCUGCCGCCAACCAUCGCCAGCGGAGGAGAACGAGGGAUCGGGGGACGACAAGAUGUCACAUCCCCGAAAAAAACUGCCACCGGCACUCGAGCUCUCGAUGUGCUGGCCUUGCCCGCGCCAACUUCGCUGAUUAAGGAGCGGAGAGACAAACCAGCUGUGAAGCCUUACACUGCGAUCACGACGGGCCAUCUGAGGAUGUGGACAGGGAUGGCGGCUAUGGACGAAUACCUCGUCGAAGCUGAAGCCAACGAGCAUGUGGAUGAAUCCGAAGCAACUAAUGGCUGGCACCACGAGCUUGCUGAGAAGGCCAAGAACUUCAUCCAGCUCUCGCCGCCCAGCGUCCACGCACAGAUCGCCAUGCUCGCCCUCCCAGAACAAGUUCUGAACAAGGUUCACAAUGCCACCAACGGGCAAACCCCGUUUCUCAUCGAAAAUCUCCUCUUCUCAGAUUGGACACUCAUCGUGUCCAAAUGGAAAGAGUUUAGAGGAGAAGAAGACCCCAUCAUCGCAGCCUACACCAAGGACCUGCCCGCAAUAAUCAAGCAGGCUGCCCUACAGAACAGAGAAAUGGAGAAAACCGUCUCCAAAUCUGAGAAGGUCGUACUAGACCUUCAUGGCUUCAACUCUGCGCAUCUCAGUACCCCAGAAGAAGCUUUCUUCCAUCCACACUUGCCGUACAUAUUGACUCUAUCCUGUGGUGGAUCCAUCAAGGCCUGGAGAGAUUCAGAUUAUGAGUUAGAAAAGACUCUUUCCACUGGCCUGAAGGAAUUUGAUGCCAUCUGUCUCUGUAGGAAUGGCAACCUCAUUGUGGUUCAAAGUGGGGGGAAAUUGCAAUUUGUUACAAUAGAGAGUGUGUGUCCCGAGAUCGACAUUGAGAAUGUACAAAGGAUAAGGCAACCAAAGAGCGAGGUACGUGAUUGGCGGGAAGAAAGGCGACCAGUUGAAGAGGGAUUUGAGAAAGAGAGGCGAACAUAUGUGCAGAGGAUAAAGGAGCUUGAAACUGAGCUAACCAAUGGGCGGAUGGAGAGGCAGGCAUUAGGAGAGAGAUUUCAGAGAUUUCAAUCAGAGCAUGAGAUCAAGAAAGGCAUUCACUCAAGGAGGGUCAAACAACUUGAGAAUGAAAUUGGCAACCUGUUGUCGGAAAGGGAGGCAGUCAAAGAGAGAUUUGAGAAAUCAAAGCUCGAGAUUCCAGAUUUGAAACGCAGGCUGGAGACGGAAGGAGGUGUAGCUGAGAGAGUGGAAAGGCCUGCUAGAGUCCCAAUAGGGGUUCCAAAAGCGGACAAGCACCCGUUUAGAGAGUUUUCCCCGGAUGAGUUGAAGACUGCCACAAACGACUUCAAUGAUAGCUGCAAACUCGAACAGCACCAUUAUGGAUGUGCUUACCUAAGAAGGAUCACACCAGUCGUGGUAAAGAGACUUGAAGUCGGAAAUGCCAUGACACGCGAUAAGCAUGCUCAAUUGAUGAGGGAGCUUGUGGACCGGUUGAAAUCUCUUCGACACCCCCACCUGCAGAUGCUGCUUGGAGUAUGCUAUGGAGAAAGUUGUCUCGUGUACGAGCACGUGGCCAACGGAAAUGUGAAAGACUGGAUCUCACCCUCAAGAAGGUCACAAAGGGGCUUCCUCCCGUGGUACAUUAGGCUGCGGAGAAUUGCUCAGGUUGCACAAGCCCUGUCUUUCCUUCAUUGCAACCCGUCAGUGAGAGGUGGUCCCAUCAUCCAUUGUGCCAUCAAGCCAGAAAACAUCUUCGUGGAUCGUAAUUUCGUCGCUAAAAUCGCAGAGCUUGAUAUGGCCGUGCUUGCCCCAGUGGUUAUUGAAGAGGGUGAAUCAUCAGAGGGACACCGGUCCCGUGGAACUGAUGCAAAAUACAUGGCGCCAGAAUUCUUUCAAACAGAGGUAUUCACUCAGAAGACUGACAUUUACGCAUUUGGCAUCACAAUCCUCGAAAUCCUCACCGGGAAAUUCAAGAAUGCAUUGGGAAUUGUGGAAGACGCAGUGGAAGAUGCUGCAACCUUUGUAAGUACCUUGGACCCAGCGCAGGAAGUUGGGACGUGGAUCUGGCCAUGGAAGCAGUACGAGUGGGUCUGAGAUGUGCGAAUCUGGACCGACGACACCGGCCGAGCACGAUGACAGGUGAAGGUGCAAUUCUGCCUG